AGAAAAAACUGAAGGCUGCCCCCUCUGACUCAUAAAGAGAGCAACAGCCCCGAGUGUUCCUAGAAGAGGCGAUCGAGCACAUGUGCCAGGGACUGUGUGUGUGAACAUCUACUGUUCUUGUCAUGCGGGGCCGGGUGGACCGGGAAUCACCCCGCAGAGGAAGAGAUGUAUUACGUACGUCCCGGCCAUGUCUGUCUUCAGAACUGAACUUUCCUGCUCUUUGUGCAACAAGACACACCUCUCCGAGGAAGGAGGCGGACAGGAUUUCCAUCAUCACUACUGCUCUAUUAAAAACACACACACACACGCACACACACAACAACCGUGUAAUUACUCUCCGCAGGAAAGGUACACAAACAGGAUGGGCCUAAGCUGAACUCGGGAUGAGCCAUCCCUGUAAAGAUUAGGUAAAGGAAUCUCCCGUCACGCACCCGCCUCCGGCCAGGGCCUCUCCCAGAUGGCCACGUUGGGUCGCCAUCCCACCUCCUAGGGGGGACUGGGGGUCGCGGGCGACUCCCGGCCGCGUGGGUUCCCUGCUCCUCCUCUUUCCCGCCUUCCGGCGCUUCCCGGGUCUGUCUCCCACGCCUCAGGUGUUCGCUCAGGCUGGGCCGCAAGCCCUUCCCUUUUUGGCCUGCACCUGGGGUAGCUUCCAGCCCAGAGCUCCCCGCCAGACCCCGCUGCAGGGAGCGCGAGCAGAGCGGUGCGAACCGGCCUGCGCCGCGCUCCCCAGGCCGCUUGCGCCCCGCUACUGACCGAACGCAGGGUCGGGCGCCGGCCGCGCGCCGCGCCCCCGGGCUUCGGAGGGCGCGCCAGCCCCGCGCAGGGUUGCCGUGAACUUGGAGCCCGGCGGCGCGAGGCUCCUGCCCGGGAUGGGGCGGCAGCUGCUUCCUGGUUUGAAGCUCACCGAGUGGGGGAGAGCGUGAGCCCGCGGAGGCGGGGGCAGGAGCAGAAGCGGGAGGAGGCGGGGGCAAGAGACGCUUGAGGCUCGAGCUAACCGGACGGGUCGCUCCGGCUCUCCGGGGAGAGGUGCUUCCCGGCCCUGGAGAAGGGGCGAGUCCCGCGCGAGCCCCCGGGAGGCGCCGCGCGCUCGAGAGGGACGGUCGGGCGACCCCGGCCCUCUGAGGGCUUGGCGCCCGGCUCCCCUCCUUUCCACCUCGCGAGGGAGGGAGAGAGGGAGGGAAGGAGGGGAGGGAAGGUCCGGCGGGGGACGCAGAAUGGCUGUUCGAGGGGGGCUUGCGAUUUGCUUUUCCCGGGAGCUGCCUCCACUCCUGCGGCCGCCGCGAGGGCUGGCCUGAACGAGGUCUCCCCGCUCUCCCGCUGCGAGACCGCGCGGUCCCUGGAUUGGGACAGCGGCCCCGGCAUGUCGUCCGGCACCAUGAAGUUCAAUGGCUACUUGAGGGUCCGCAUUGGCGAGGCCGUGGGGCUGCAGCCCACCCGCUGGUCCCUGCGCCACUCGCUCUUCAAGAAGGGCUAUCAGCUGCUGGACCCCUACCUGACGGUGAGCGUGGACCAGGUACGCGUGGGCCAGACGAGCACCAAGCAGAAGACCAACAAACCAACGUACAACGAGGAAUUCUGCGCCAACGUCACCGACGGUGGCCACCUCGAGCUGGCUGUCUUCCACGAGACGCCCCUGGGCUACGACCACUUUGUGGCCAACUGCACCCUGCAGUUCCAGGAGCUGCUGCGCACGGCCGGCGCCUCGGACACCUUUGAGGGCUGGGUGGAUCUGGAGCCAGAAGGGAAAGUAUUUGUUGUAAUAACCCUAACAGGAAGUUUCACUGAAGCUACUCUCCAGAGAGACCGAAUCUUCAAACAUUUUACCAGGAAGCGCCAAAGGGCUAUGCGAAGGCGAGUCCACCAGAUCAACGGACAUAAGUUCAUGGCCACAUACCUGAGGCAGCCCACCUACUGCUCUCACUGCAGGGAGUUUAUCUGGGGUGUAUUUGGGAAACAGGGUUAUCAAUGCCAAGUGUGCACCUGUGUCGUCCACAAGCGCUGCCAUCAUCUAAUUGUUACAGCCUGCACCUGCCAAAACAAUAUUAACAAAGUGGAUUCAAAGAUCGCUGAGCAGAGGUUCGGAAUCAACAUCCCACACAAGUUCAGCGUCCACAACUACAAGGUGCCAACGUUCUGUGAUCACUGUGGCUCCCUGCUCUGGGGGAUAAUGCGACAAGGACUUCAGUGUAAAAUAUGUAAAAUGAAUGUACACAUUCGAUGUCAGGCGAACGUGGCCCCAAACUGUGGAGUGAAUGCAGCAGAGCUGGCCAAGACUCUGGCAGGAAUGGGCCUCCAACCCGGAAGUAUUUCUCCCACCUCGAAUCUUCUUUCCAGAUCAACCCUAAGACGACAAGGAAAGGAGAGCAUCAAAGAAGGAAAUGGCAUUGGGCUUAAUUCUUCCAACCGACUUGGGAUCAGCAACUUUGAGUUCAUCCGAGUACUGGGGAAGGGCAGCUUUGGGAAAGUGAUGCUUGCAAGAAUAAAAGAAACAGGAGACCUCUAUGCCGUGAAGGUGCUAAAGAAGGACGUGAUCCUGCAAGAUGACGAUGUGGAGUGCACCAUGACAGAGAAGAGGAUCCUGUCUUUGGCCCGCAAUCACCCCUUCCUCACUCAGUUGUUUUGCUGCUUUCAGACCCCUGAUCGUCUGUUUUUUGUGAUGGAGUUUGUGAACGGGGGCGACUUGAUGUUUCAUAUUCAGAAGUCACGUCGUUUUGAUGAGGCACGAGCUCGUUUCUAUGCUGCAGAAAUCAUUUCGGCGCUUAUGUUCCUACACGACAAAGGAAUCAUCUAUAGAGAUCUGAAACUGGACAACGUACUUUUGGACCACGAGGGUCACUGUAAACUGGCAGACUUUGGAAUGUGCAAGGAGGGGAUCUGUAACGGGGUCACCACGGCCACCUUCUGCGGCACACCCGACUACAUUGCUCCAGAGAUCCUCCAGGAGAUGCUCUACGGGCCCGCAGUGGAUUGGUGGGCAAUGGGCGUGCUGCUCUACGAGAUGCUGUGUGGCCACGCGCCCUUCGAAGCAGAGAACGAAGAUGACCUCUUUGAAGCCAUACUGAACGAUGAAGUGGUCUACCCGACGUGGCUGCAUGAAGAUGCCACAGGGAUCCUGAAAUCUCACCUGCUCUGGGUGUACAUCUCCAUCCCUUCUCCCUCCAUAGAGUCAGAGAAAGAAGAACAGCUUGUGGGCCAGCAAAGGAAGUACAACAUAGGUAAACACACACAGUGCUGUGCAUUCUUACCUGGGCAUCAUCCCAGGAUUGCUCCUGACCUGUCACUGCUCUUUCAUCCACAAUCCAAAUGAGAAGAUUGGUAAACCUCAAAAGGAGGUUUAGCAUAGUGACUGAGGGCAAAGGCUUUUACUGUUAGAUAGGCCUGGCUUCAAAUCUCAGCUCUACUGCUCCCAAACUGUGUGGCCUGGGGCAGGAACAGGUGGGUCUGUUCCUCAGUUUCCCUAUUUUUUUUUAAUUUUUAUUGGAGUAUAGUUGAUUUACAAUGUUGUGUUAGUUUUAGGUGUACAGCAAAGUUCAUCAGUUAUACAUAUACAUAUAUCCACUCUUUUUUAGAUUCUUUUCCCAUAUAGGUCAUUACAGAAUACUGAGUAGAGUUCCCUGUGCUAUACAGUAGGUCCUUAUUAGUUAUCUAUUUUAUAUAUAAUAGUGUGUAUAUGACAAUCCCAAUCUCCCAAUUUAUCCCUCCCUCCCUUUCCCCCCUGGUAACCAGAAGUUAGUUUUUUACAUCUGUGAGUCGAUUUCUGUUUUGUAGAUAAGUUCAUUUCUACCAUUUUUUUAGAUUCCACAUAUAAGCAAUAGCAUAUGAUCUUUGUCUGGCUUACUUUACUCAGUAUGACAAUCUCUAGGUCCAUCCAUGUUGCUACUAAUGGCAUUCUUUUGUUCUUUUUUAUGGCUGAGUAAUAUUCCAUCUUCUUUAUCCAUUCCUCUGUCGAUGGGUAUUUAGGUUGCUUCCAUGAGCUGGCCAUUGUGAACAGUGCUUUAACGAACAUUAGGGUGCAUGUAUCUUCUCAAAUUAUGGUUUUCUCAGGGUAGAUGCCCAGUAGUGGAAUUGGGUCAUAUGGUAGCUCUAUUUUUAGUUUUUUAAGGAACCUCCAUACUGUUCUCCAUAGUGGCUGUAUGAAUUUACAUUCCCACCAACAGUGCAAGAGGGUUCCCUUUUCUCCACACCCUCUCCAGCAUUUAUUGUUUGUAGAUUUUCUGAUGGUGGCCAUUCUGACUGGUGUGAGGUGAUACCUCAUUGUAGUUUUGAUUUGCAUUUCUCUAAUAAUUAGCAGUGUUGAGUAUCGUUCCAUGUGCCUCUUGGCUAUUUUUAUGUCUUCUUUGGAGAAAUGUGGCUGGCACUGGUGGUUGCCAGCUGUAUGCCCACCACCGCAGCUGGCAGGAAGGGGUAUGAGAGGAGAAGGUUGCUGACUAGUCUUCAUAACGAGGUCAGACUCUACCUGUGAUAGUGGCAAAACACAGAGACACAGGAGGCUGCAACAUACACAAGCAUGCAUUUUAUCCACCCCAGGGUGGCCUUCAUGGCCGUGAACCAUACUCUGUUCUGUGUCCUGUGUUCCUUCUCUGCACUCCCUCCUCAGGACUCUCUGUAGAGUCAUAAAAUUCCUUCUUCCUGACUAGGAGCAUCUCCCUGGAAUACUGAUGGGGAUGUCCUAUGGCAUGCUUACCAGCACUAUCUGCUAACUCUCUGCCCUUUGGUCCGAAGUUGAAUGAAAGGAAAAGGUCCUUUUGUUUGCCCAACAGCCAAAUCCAUCUGUUAAGUAGAAAAUACAGUGUUCUCUCUCUCCUGGAAGAAAA